AUGAAAAGCUUCAAGUCGUUUCUGCUGGCCGUCGCCGUGCUGGGGGCAGCCAAAGGAGGCGAGAGCGCUGAACCGAGCCAAGAGGCAGAGUCUGUGAACUGCCGGGACGACUUCAAUGCCGCUCGAGAAUCAGCAGGCCUAGAACCCUUCGCUGAAGAAACGACCGACGCAAAUAAACUGCCAAUACAUGAUGAUACGUACAUCGAGGCAAUUUGCAAAGCGAUACGAGAGGCAAGGGACUUUACUUCGCCUGGAAUUGCCCUCCAUUGCUUCUCCGUCGCUCUUGGGACAUCAGUGGGCAAGACAACGCCAGCUCACAAGCGCUCCGGUACCUACGCCUACGCGCCUCAGGCGGGUCCUGCCAAUGGCUGCUCUGCAGCUGUCUCCUAUUGGAAACAGGCCCACGUGAACUUUGAUGGUGUCCCGCCGGAGUACAAAGAAGAAGAAAAGGGGGUGUAUGAGGAAAGUCAGAACCGCUCGCUCGUGGCCCUGUACAACCCCCAGUCGGGCGCUACUGUUGACUGUGCGUUUAUCACUUGUCAUCUUCCCGCUACGUCCACCACAACCGCCUCUCCCACUACGGAACAAAGCACUACGGAGGGUGCGACGGAACCUACGACGGAGGCUCCGACCGACGCUCCGACCCAGGCUCCCACUCCAUCUGAAGGGUCGACAUAUCUGCGCCCACCAAGCGCGGAAAGCCAGGGGAGCGCGCCAGCGGCCAACGUAGAAAAGACUCAAAGCCAGAAAGAGAGCGGACCGACCGUUCGGCGCCUCUCUACGGAAUCGGAGACGGUUACUAGCCUUGUUUGCCUGAUGAAUCCUGCAGCGCUUGUACAAGCACAAAAGCCGUUCUCGUACGUUGCGUAG